AUGGCCGAGGGACAUACGGACCUCGGCGAGAACAAGGUUGAAAAGUCGCUAUACGAUCGCAUCGUGGCCGAGCUCAGAACACUAGAGGUUAUGAAAGCUGACCAGGAUACUGAGAUCACUCGGCUGAUAGCUGACAUGGCCCGACUGCAAGACACCAGCAACGCCUUCGGUCUCGAUAUUGGCGAGAGAGUCAGGGAGAGAUUCUGUACGCUCGAGGCCAAGAGUCUUGAGAGUCGCAGAAAUGAAGUUGGCAAGCGGGGUUCAAAGUCAAGAAGUCAGCGCAGGUCGGGCGUCACGGACUGCGUACCACAGUGA